CGUACACCACUGUUCCCUGAUCUUUUCUUCUUCACUUCCAAAGCUGCUGUUUCUUCUGCUCUGACCAUCCAGGCAGUUGAAGCAACUGGAUUCCCUCGGGGUUCAUGUGAAAACUUGGUGGCUUCAUAUGGUUUGUUUUUUCUCUGUAAGACUGAAGAUGGUAGUCUGCUGUGAAAUUGCAGCUGGGAAGAAAAACUUCUAAAAAAAAUCGUCAUCAUCUUCCGAUGAAAAGAUUUUGUUGCCAAAGCCGACAAGGGACCUUGUUUAGCAGCCUUCAUCUGUGCAUGGAGGAUAAGUAUUCCACGGAAGCACUUUUGAUCAGAAUCAUUUAUACAAGAAGAUAUGUGUAGAGGAGGAAGGUUGAUCUCCACAUCAGAAGGCAACAAAAUUUAUGUUGGAGGCAAACACCCAGGAGGAAACUAGCUGGACUAAUUGAAGCACUGAAGAGUGUGGGGCGCAAGAAAUUUUGAGUCCUUGAGUUCAGCACCAAGACAUGCCACAGAAAACAUUAUGGCUCCCAACUGAAUGGUGUUAACAAUAAUAGCCCUCCUGGGACUGUUCCUCCGGGCUCCAUUUUAGACUUAGAAAAAAUGUUGGACUCAGUCAAAUGCGUUUUGGUCGGAGAUGCUGCCGUUGGGAAAACAGCUCUGCUUCUAAGAUUUACCUCGGAGACUUUUCCAGAGACAUACCGGCCAACAGUUUAUGAAAACACAGGGGUCGACGUUUUCCUAGAUGGCGUCCAGAUUAGCUUAGGUCUUUGGGACACUGCUGGCAAUGAUUCCUUCAAAGGCAUUCGCCCCCUUUCCUAUCAACAGGCAGAUGUAGUCUUAAUGUGCUACUCAGUGGCCAACCGCAAUUCCUUCCUCAGCUUGAGAAACAAAUGGGUCACAGAGAUCCGGACCCACUUGCCCCGAAUCCCAAUUUUAGUGGUGGCUACCCAGACUGACCAGAGGGAAAUGGGACCUCAUAGUGCAGGCUGUAUCAGUCCAGUGCAUGGCAAGCGACUGGCCAAAGACAUUCGAGCCAAAGGCUACGUGGAGUGCUCAUCUCUCAACAACAGGGGAGUGCAGCAGGUUUUUGAGUGUGCUGUCCGGACUGCAGUGAAUCAAGCGAAAAAACGAGCCAGGAGAAAGUUUUUCUCUGUUAAUGAGUGCAAAGUAUUUUAAGUCUCCGUAUCCAUCAACACAAAACUGAGAUAUUCCUUGCCAAAAUGCUUUUAGUGCAGCAGAUGAAAAACAGUAUCACAUUCAUAGUGGGUGCAGGCCACUCCCUGUUGGGAUGAGAACCUCUCUACAUGAGGAUCUGAGUGGAACUCUCUACCUAAUGGCACUGGUGCCAUUUUACUCCCAGUUGUAUAAACCGAUGGAAAACCAAACUUGAAUAUUUAAGAAUGGCUGCAUAGUCACGAUUAUUAUGAUGGAAAAUUUUGGAGCUUUUUUAUUUAAUAAUGGAAGUUGUGUUGCUUUGAGUGAAAUACCAAAGUUUACUUUCUCCAUCUAAGAAGAUUUUAUCAUCUAAUUGAUAAAAUAAUCUCAGAGAUGUAAAGCAGUUUCUUUUCAGUGUAACUGCCAUGGUUUCUCCCAUAGUAUUAUGAGAAUUGUGGUUUGCUGAGAAUGCUGAGAAUGUGGUUAUUGACAACAGCCUCCAAAGAUCAUAGAACCCCCUGGUGAGAGGAAAUGAUAGUUAAAUACAUGGUUUUGUAGAGGAAUACUGAGUCCAAAGCCAGAGUCAAAAGAAAACUGAACUUGUAUGUAAAACCUGGAUGUGUGAAUUUAAAAGUGAGUAGUUGUAAUUUAUAUUUGUAAAAGCUGUUUAGGCUUCCGUGGUGAGAUUUGACUCCGCUUAAUGGAAAUUCUUGAUUUAAGGAUAACUGGGAAAAUCAUUAGCUUCCCUGUAGACUAGUCAAAUAAAUGUAUCCAUGAUGUUUAACAGCUGGAAUUGUUCAUAGCUAAAGUCUUUACCAGUUCUUAUGUUCCAUCUAAUUUAUUAGAGAGGUACAACAGAUAACAGAGAGGUGUACUAGAUAACAGUUCUGAAUGGAAAUCAGUUCACACCAAACAACCAUUUGUUAUCUUCACACUUCCAAAAUCCAUAUAUUAGUCAUCCCAUCCCUAAUCAGACAAGAUUUCAUCCAUCUAACUGAAUAUGUUUCCAGCAGUGGUCACCAUCAUACCUCUGGAAGCUCAUAACCAUGAAGCUGAAAGCAAAUUUUUCUUAUGUUGCAUGUCUUUAUAUCUAUAAUUCCAGAGCUUGGAAAUAUUAACUUUAGAUUUCAACUCCAUGACUUCCUCAGUAACAUUGCCAAUGGUUCAAGCUUUGACACUUCAGUUUCCCUAAUCUCUGGUCACUGACUAUGGACCCAAACAGACGGGCCAAAAUAAAGCUUCUUCAGGUCAAACGUCACACUGACAAAAGAGAGUUUAUUCUGUAAACACCCAUCUUAAUUCUUUCCUUUCCACUUUGAAUCCUUAAUCGAAAUAAGAUCAGUGUUCAUAGAACCAAAGAAGAAAAAGAAAGGAAAAAUAAGCUGCUUAUGUCAAGAGGCAUUUAAAGUUCCCUUACUUAGGGGCUCUUCAGACUGGCCAUUAAGGCCGGCCUGGUAAUGGAGAUGGAGUGUCAUAUUCACAUGACGCAUGCCCCGAAUCCGCCCCCAGGGCACUAUGAUGCCAUCCGCUGCUCCACAUGGUGUGUGGUGUCAUGGCACUUCUCCAGUGCUACGUCCGCACAAUGCAGUGCAGAAGAAGUGUUGUAUAGCCAGGGUGGCACUACUAUUGUGCCCUUAUUAGGGUGCAAAAAAGGAGCUGCUUUUUGCAGCUCCUUUUCACUCCCUAGAAAGGCCAGAUUGGGGCCACGGCAUGCUUCUUAUGUACAGCCCCUUAUUCACUGGGGCAUGAAGGGGAUUGGAUGGGGCAGGAUUUACAGAAAAAUAAGGAAAGCUAUUGGUUGAUGCAUGCUGGGAAGAAGAAAAAAGUACAUGGAAAGAAAUGCCCUUUUGUACCAAUUUGCAUUUAGCCAGGGGAAAUGUGUGUCUAUCAAUACAAUCUGAGUCUGGAUUUUUAUGAGCCACUGUGGCUUAUACAGUGUGAAAUCUGGGCGAAAUACUUUGCACUGAAUAUGAAUUAUUUUGCUGGUGUUCAAGGCAUAGUAGUCAGCCUGGAUGUUUUUCAGCUCAGUUCAGUACUAUCUGUCACAGGCAUUACACCGAGAGUGCAAAACAUCUUCUCUGAUCUCUGUUGUCUUCCUUUGUAUCUGGGUUAGUAUCACAAGUGAUAGAAAAAGAAGGCAGGAAGCUGCUAUCUAGACAUGUGACCAGAAGAUCCUGAAACCCUUCCAGUGUCUUAUCAUAAAUUGUGGUUUUUUUUGUUAGUGGUGGUGGUUGAACUACCGGUGUAUUACAAGACCGGUGUACUCGCAAGAUUAACUAUCUGCAGUUUUGAAGAUAAAGACUGUCAUACCAAAAGGACAGAAUUCUGAGGGGGCAGAAUGGAAACUGUGUCCUACUUUGACGUGUUCAGUCAAGACUAUGAUUAAAUUAAGCACCCUAGUGGAAAAGAUGAAAAAAAAAAAGAUGUUCAUAAAUGUCAUUUCCUGUGCAAACUGGGAGCUUUAAAACACCAUAUAAAAUUGCUGAUGAUUUCAGUGGGAAUAGGAGGGUUAUGAACCGCAGCCUUCUGAUUUUAAUGUUAAUAUUAAUGAUAUUUUAAAAUUAGCACUAAAAUUGUGUGUACACCAUUGUUUUUGAACCCUAGU